GGUGGGAGUUCGCAGGGGAACCGUGGAGAGGAGGAUGGCGGCGCUUGCUGCUGAGGGGGAGCCAUGCGAUGCCGAAGUGCUUGCCGAGACGGAAGGGAAUGAGCAGCAGCCGCCUGGGAACGGGGAAGGAGCCGUCGCCUUCGUGGAAGCUGGCCCAAGGAAGCCGCUGGGAGCUCCUUUGGGCAAGAAACUGAAGGAGGCGCCCGCCAUCCCCAAAGGGAAGCCCAAAUCUGGGCGGGUGUGGAAAGAUCGCUGCAAGAAGCGGUUUUCCCACAUGACCAAGGACAAGCCUUUGCGAACCUCCUGGAAACACAAGAUGAAAGAACGUCAAGAAAAGAAACUAGUCAAAGAUUUUGCCCGGCAGUUGGAGGAAGAAAAACGGAGGGAGCGUGAGGAGAAAAAACAGCGCAGAGAAGAGAACUUAAAAAGACGAAUGGAGAAUGAGCGGAAAGCAGAGAUUGUGCAAGUGAUUCGGAACCCAGCAAAACUGAAGCGGGCGAAGAAGAAACAGUUGCGACGUGUAGAGAAGCGAGACACGUUGGCGCUGCUGCAGAAACGCCAGGCGCAGCGCAAAGCAGCCAAAGAAUGACGGAGACAGUUGAUCUCUUUUCUGGGACAUUGAAAAUGACUUCCUGGGCAGCAUCUUCCAAGAUGUUGCCCCCUGGGAGAUUGGAUGCCCUGCUACUUUCUACUUGGCUUCUCUUGCAACUGAAGAUCCGCCAUUUUGAGAGGGGUCGACGGUGCGUCCAGAUGCUCCUUAGUCAAAGCUUCCCUCUCUUUUCACCCUGGUGUGGCUGAGGUAGAACGCUGCAGACUGAUCUGCUGGGACAUUUUCUUUAAAUUAUGAUCAUCGUUUGUAAUUGUGGCUGGGGCCAGGAGCCCUGAAGGGUUUGAGGAUUUGCAGCUUCCAGCAUAUAUGAAAGGGUCACGAUGCAAAGGUGAAUAAAACUGUAUUUUUCUGGAA